GUGAGAGCCUUUCGACUGAAACCUCAUGGCGUGUGUUGGCUUUAACGGGACCAUAAAGCUGGUGGUGCUGCAGGGCGCUGUGAUGAGGCCCGCCUCCUGCAGUGACACUGAGCCCGCCCUCCGUGUUUGGACGUGCUGACAGAGUGAACUGGACUGUCUGUUGUCCUCUUGUUUCCACUGUGUGUUUAAUGGUGGUGUCCUCUUCAGCAGCCGGCCAAUUAAAGGCCAGGAUUUCAUCCAGCUGAUGGCAGACGGGAGCUCAGCUGGAGAAAACUGGAUCUGCUGUUUUUAGAAGGACUUUAAACUUUAACCACGUUCAGCCUGAAGUCCAGGCAGGACACGGAGGUGUGAUUACUGCUGGCCGAAGAGCUGCAGCUUAAUGAGCGCGGCUCUGGUGGCCUGACGUGAACGCUGCAGACGCGUCAGCUGGAAAGACUGAAACACCCCGGGGAGUGAGAGCAACACUGAUGAGCUCUGUGCCGUUUGUGAAUGAACAGGAAGUGAUGUAAUUAAUGCCGAGUGCUGUGCACGCCUCUGCCCAAGGGGAUACUGUCACAGUUAAUUAGCCGACGCUGGGGAUGGCAGUCAGACGGUGGGAGGUAAAAAGAGCCCGCUCAGACGGUCCGGCCUCAGACACACAGCUUCCCGUCACUCAGACCGCUGCAGGUAACACGCUUCCACUCAGGAUCGCCGAGCUCCGAUUCACAGGUAAUACUCCCGAGUUUCCUCUUUCUCAGUGGACAGCAGAGCUCUGAAGAUUCACGAUCACGCUGAUGUAUGUACAUAGCAAUGACAUGUAGGUACACUUUGGUGCGUGCCGGAGCAGGUCAAGGUGACGACGAUGAUGAUGGUCUUGUUGCUGAAGUUAGAGGGUGCUGCUGAUUGCAGAUGUUUCUCUUAUGAGAAGAAGCGAGAGGUUUCCUGUGACCGACGGUGCUGCUGCCGUUACUGUCGGAGGGUCACCGAGGGUCCUGCAGAUCAGAACGUGGUGACGUGUAAAUAAAACAAAUUGAAAUCUGUGAAAACCCUCGGGCCGACAGUUCAGCCGACCUCAGACUGGAGUCUGCUGGAAAUAUCUCCUUAUUUGAAACGGUGCAGCACUGGGUUUGAGUAAAGUCCUCCAGGAGCAGCAAAAGACUGAAAAGCUACAAACAGCAGCAGAAACACCUCUUCUGAGCUCUUUUAAGGUGGACUGAGGCUGAUGGCUGAGAUUCUGUCUGGAGGUCAUGGAUGCUGCGUCCUGAAGAGGAGAGGGACCAUGACAGCCUCAUUGAUGAAACAAGAAAAAAGAAUGAGGUGUCCACACGAAGCCUGUGUGGUUCUUCAGAAUGUCAUGUGACCAAAGAUAAACGAUUGUCUGAAAUCAUGUGACUGCCUCACUAGGUGAUUGCAAAGAAUGGUUGGUUGGUUACUUGGUUGUCACUAGUUGUUGCUGGAUGUUAUCAGUUGUUAGUAGUGCAAUCCAGUGUCAGUAAUGAAACAGCUGUCAGUGCUUGUACGGCAGGCCUGUUGGCCUACCAGUAUGCCAGAUGAUUCCCAGUCCAGCCCUGGUGCCAUCCACACAGCGCCUGCUUCAGGAAGAUCUUUAUAAAGAAACCUGACUGAGCUCACGCUGCACCAGCAGAGCUGACCUGAGUACAGCUCAGACCAUCAGCCGUCAAAACAUCAGAGACCACAAGCAGCACAGAGGAACAUCUGGUCUCCUCAGUCCAAACACUGACAGUUUCAGAAGCUGCGAGGAAAAAGAACUUUAUUCAAACAUGACGAGUUCAGAAUGAGCAGAUAUUUCAAUGUCGAGCAGAUGUGUCUGGUUUAAAGUGGACUUGAAAUACUUUCUGCUUAGUUUCUGUGAAAACAGUGAAGCGUGUAAAUGGAUUUGUCAGGAGUUCAGGACAGGAACUGAAUCUGUGGUGAUUUCCUCUAAACUGAUGAACUGAUGUGUGUUCAGAUGGAGGCAGAGAUUCAGCAGAUCCUGGUCCAGGUGUCGGAGCUGCAGCACCGAAGGCCGCAGUCACAGUCUGUGGUUAGGCUGCUGGAUGUGGGGAAGGAGGAGGAGCAGGAGGAAGCCCCUCCACCCCGGAGGACCCUCCAAGCCCUCUGCUCUAUCCCCCGGAGGCUGGCCAUCUCUGCGGAGCUCGGGGGAAUGCCGGUCACCCCCCAACUGAUUGAGAGCCUGAGGAGGAUUCUUCUGGGUGGAAACUUUCGUGUCUUCGACUACGAGUGGAGGAGAGCCAUCUUCCACUUCAGGGAACCAAACUCCGAGUUAGCAUACGCUCUGAAGGCUGAUGGGGGCGGGGCUCAGGCCAUUCAGAUGGUCGUCCAGGCUCGCAUCAUUAAGCACCUGCUGUUUGCCCGACAGAGCAGCUCAGACGGACGGACGUUGCACAGUCUGACAGAGGUAGGACGGCGGGAGCAGGACAGGGCGUUGGCGGCCGCCCUGAGCGACAGCCUCUGGUUGGCCGGCCAGGAGGUGAGCGCCACUGUCACCUUGGUAACCGAAGACUAUUGCGUCACACCUCACCUGGACUACAAACUGGACACCUUCACAGAGAGGCUGCAGCUCUUCACGUUCAGCGAGAAGGACGCCAUUACCAACUUCAUCCUCGACCACAUCCAGUGUUUUCAGGAGGAGGGCAGUCAUGGCGUCAUUCUUUUCCUCUACAGCCUCAUCUGCUCCCGUACCAUCGAGAGGCUGAGGGAGGACCUGGACUCUCCUACGUCAUACCUGCUGCACCUCAGCCCGGGCAGCUCUGUCUGUCGCCAGGCUCUGCUGAACCUGCUGCUGACCGGCAGAGCCAGUCCGCACCUCUUCAAUGGGACGCAGCACUUCGGUCAGGACGGCCUGCCUCUGCAGCACCCCCUGCAGGGCGUCCUGUCCCGCAGCGAUGUAGGAUAUCUGCGCUGGAGUCGAGAGGAGAUGGAGCGCGGUGCGCUGCCCCAGGUUGGCAGCAUGCUGAAGACUCCCAGGUUCCCGGUGUGGGUUUGCAGCAUCAACAGCAGCUGCUCGGUCCUGUUCAGCGCCACCCGCUUGCUGCUGUCCGACUGGAGGGCGGAGCAUCUGUUCCAGCUGUACUACUACAGCGGGCAGAGCUCGCAGACAGCGACGGCCAGGCUGACAGUUGAUACUCACUCCCACCACUGGGAGGCGUCGUCCAGAGAUGGAGAAGCAGAUCCAGAGAAACGGUUUCCUUCACUGGAGAUGACCAUCAGGACCAAGUGGGACGGAGCUGCGAUUGACUGGAACGGCACCUCCCCCUUCUACUGAACAUCACCACAAACGCUGGUCUGCGGUUGUCACAGUGCUCCCGACUGUUUUUGCCAUUACAGGAAACCGAACGUUAAAAGUCCCGUUACAAACAGAAACCUCACGUCUUCAGUCACCACAGAUGAUUCAGACCUGAGGUGUUGGCGAGGUCACCUGUGGUCACUGACGAAUCAGCAAACACAGCCGAGCACAAAAAGAGAGCGUCUGGAGGUAAAAUGAAUUCAGACUCCAGUGUGUUUGCAUUCCCACGUUAUCCCCUUCUGUCCUCGGGACUCGUCUCUGACAUCAGCCAGGGCAGGUCAUCACACCCUGACGACUUCCUGUUCUCGUCUCGGUGUUUCUGGGUGAAGCUGAAGGCGGCUCUGUACUAGCGUCAUGUCUGCAGAGCUCCACCCAGUAAUCUGGGCUCAGUGUGAGAGCCUGUUGAUCAGGACGCUGACGUUUAACCUUUGAACCAAACUGAUGUUUGUCUUUGAUGAUGUUUCAGUCUCAUGUCCUCAUCUUAAAUUAUUUGAUCUUCGUUUAGCUGAAAGUCUUCUGUUCCUUUGAAAUGUAACACAGAAAUAAAUCUGACUCCUGUUUAAACAUCCAUGGAAA